AUGAAAAAUUCUCAACGAUUAUUAUCGUUAAAUAUAUCAAUUUACUUUCUAUUGUGUAUUAUUCUUUUACCAAAAUAUAUUCAAUGUUAUAUAACAACAAUGAUAACUUAUGAAUAUUAUUUAUCAGAUUCAAAUUUUACAAAUAAAACUGAAGAAACUCAAACAAAUGGUUUUGUAUCAACUAAAGGUGGUCAAUCAGCAGUUCGUCAUGGUAAAGCAUUUAUAUUAACUGAUAUAAAUGGUAAUUUUGAUGCAUGUGAACAACCAACUAAUCCAAUAAAUAUUUCAAAUGGUAUUGCUAUUAUUCAUCGAGGUGGUAAUUGUACAUUUAGUGUUAAAAUAACACGUGCUAAACAAUAUGGAGCAUCAGCGGUCAUUAUUUAUGAUCCAUUUCAUUCGGGUUCAGAAUUAUAUAAUAUGUUACAAAAUAAUUCAGACACAUUAUCUGUUUAUGUUCAACGAUCAAUUGGUUCUAUAUUAUUUAAUAUAGCUAAAAAUACUCGUACACAAUUAAACAUAACAUUACAACCAAUAAAUAUCGAUUAUGAUAAUUAUAAUAAUGAUAAUUUAUGGUUUAGUUCACAAUCUGCAACAAUAUUUAUAGCUAUAUCAAUAUGUAUACUUAUAUCAUUAUGUGUAUCAUGGCUUAUAUUUUACUAUUGUCAACGACAUCGUGUACGUACAGCUAAAGAUCGUUUACAAAAUCGCUUAUCAAAUGCAGCUAAAAAAGCUUUAACAAAAAUUCCAUUAAUUAAUGUUACUGAAAAUCCUCCAACAGAAGAAUCAUGUGUUAUAUGUUUAGAUACAAUUAAAACUGGUGAUACAAUACGACAAUUAGUUUGUGGUCACACAUUUCAUCAUCAUUGUGUUGAUCCAUGGUUACUUAAUCAUCGUCAUUGUCCAUUAUGUAAUCUCGAUAUACUUGCUGCAUAUCGUGUAUCAUUGCCAUCAACAAUAAAUCGUCCUCGUCCAUCAAAUGUAAAUAAUAAUAAUUCCAUAGUAUCACUUGCCACAACAUCUGCAUCAGUAGUUAAUCAACAACAGCAACAAUCUAUUAAUUUACCGACAAUAUCAGCAACAAUAAAAAAUGAUUGUUAUAAUGUUCAUAUACAUGGCGAACAGAAUCCGUCAUUUAGAUCGGAUGAAAAUUUAUAA